AUGGCUACGUCUCAGCCCAACCUUUACAGCUUCUCGAGCACCGCUACUCUCGCAGAGCAAUUGCGCCCCUACAUCCUUCGAAGCCAGAAUGCCGCGCUAGCCCGCCACCAUAGCUUUCGCAUUGCCGUCUCCGGUGGCUCUUUGCCUACCGUUCUAGCUCGCGCCCUACUCACCCCAGGCGACGGCACCCCCGAAGACACCCCCCAAUUCUCCAAAUGGCACAUCUUCUUCGCCGAUGAGCGUGCUGUGCCCCUCGACCACGAAGACAGCAACUACCGUCUGCUACAGGAAGAGCUUCUUCACAAGAUCCCUGCGGAGCUCGGAGCUCCGGUCGUAUACCCCAUUGAUGCCGAAGCCGUCGAGAAGGAUGACACCCAAGAAUUGGCCGAUCUCUACCAGGAAGACUUGAUGCGAGUAUUCGCCGCCAAGGAUAGCGUCAAGCUACCCGUCUUCGAUCUCAUUCUUCUGGGUUGUGGCCCCGACGGCCACACCUGCAGUCUAUUCCCUGGCCAUGACUUGCUGCGCGAAAAGGACGCGUGGGUGGCACCUGAGACCAACUCGCCCAAGCCUCCUCCUAAGCGUAUUACCCUGACUCUUCCCGUUGUCACAUCUGCCAUCCAGAUCGCCUUCGUCGCUACCGGUGCUGGUAAGAAGGAUAUUAUGAAGGCUAUCUUUGACAGCGAGGAGGGCCGUAGUCUUCCAUCGGCCCUGGUCAACCAGGGUGGUGGCGAAAAGGUCAGCUGGUUCACAGAUCACCCUGCCGUCGAAGGUGUUGCUUUCCCUCGUCGCGGUAACCUGUAA